UAUAGUAAGUUUUAAUUACCAAAUACCUUUGUCAAUGGCUCACACCCUACUUUCCUCACUCCCAAUCCGCAAUUUCGCUAGAGUACCUGUCCCGUCUAAAGUUCCUUUCUCACUUGUAACACCCAGAAGUGGUACCGUUCCUUUCUCUGUCCAAUGCAUGCAUCCCAGCAAAAUUUCAAGUAGUCCUGAAAUUUCGCGGCGAUCGGCAAAUUACCAACCUCCCAUUUGGCAAUAUGAUUACAUUCAGUCACUGAGGAGUAAAUAUGCGGAGGAAUCGUGCACUAGACAAAUUAAUGUGUUGGUAGAACAAGUGAGGAUGAUGCUUCACAAAGUGGGGGACCCUUUAGAGCAACUUGAGCUGAUAGAUGUCUUGCAAAGGCUAGGAUUAUCUUAUCACUUCGAGGCAGAACUGAAGAGAAUAUUAGAAGCUCUAUACAGCAAUGAUCAUGGUGGUGACAUUGAUACAUGGAAGGCGAAGAAUUUAUAUGCCACUGCUCUUAAAUUUAGACUACUAAGACAACAUGGAUACAGUGUGUCUCAAGGUAUUCAAUGAAAAAAAUAGGAUUUUACUAGUGGAUAUUUAUAUCUAAGGGUAAAGUCAAGUACACUUCCUUAGAUUCCCCAAUUUAAUUCAACCAAAUAGUUGCCUUGGUUAGUAAUUAAGGGUGAGUUUGGUUAAGUUUUUU